UAAUAUUACGUAGCAAUAUUCCAUUGCGGUGCAGUGCAGUCGUCGUUCCUGGACUCUGCUCGCCUGGAUCCAUUGCUUACAUAACCCGUUGUAUGAGAGCAGCUUUUGAUCGCUCACUGCCGCCACGAAAUGAUUGGGAUGACGAUAUGUGGAAUCGGGCUUUGACGGCUCAAUGGAGGGGAUGAGGUUUUUAGAAAAGGAAGCAAAGAAAGAAGCUUUCAGAAAGUAUCUGGAGUCCAGUGGAGUUCUUGAUGCACUUACAAAAGUUCUUGUUUUGUUGUACGAGCAGAAUGACAAACCUUCCUCGGCAAUUGAGUUCAUCCAGCAGAAGCUAGGGGGUCCAAGCCUUGCUGAAUAUGAAAAGUUGCAAGCUGAAGUUUCUGAUUUACAAUUACGUUACAAUGAACUUUUAGCUGUGCACCAAGAGAAGUGCCAAGAGUACGAGGACCUUAAGAGCACUCAUGUUCAAUCAUCGUCAAAUGAAAAAGUAGAGGAAACUCCCAUCGCAGGACAAUGAUGGCAAUCCAAAGCAACUAUUUGGCGGUACUCAAUAUCUCCCUUUCCUUGUUGAUUUUGCUAGACUAGUCACUCACUCGCUCACUAUUCGAUGUGUUGGUGUCAUAUGAUACUGCUGCAAUUGCUGUUAUAACUGUGUCUUCAAGAGAUUCUUAUUGGUCCAUUUAGAAGUGAAGUUGAAAACUAAAGUAAAGAUCUAGAAUGACAGAAGGUUGAUCCCUUAAUUUGAUGUGAUAUAACUAUUCCACUGUGAUUGAACAUCAUAAGAGACUGAGACACCAUCACAUUUGUUGAAUUAAUGAAGCUCCCAUUCCCAUAACCAUAGCUAUGCUAGCUUAAGAUAUUACAUAAUGUGAUUUUGGACUAAAGUUGCAUAGUGUGGCUGAAUUGCUUGACGAUUAUUAAUUAUUCUGUUCAUUGCAUUGGGUGUGCUCCAAUGGUGCUGAUGCUUUGUUCUUAAUUCCUUUCUUGGUUUCAAGAUGGCCAUAUGUUUCCAAGUAUGUUGGUGCAAUGAUGGUACAUACAAUUGAGUAGUGUACACUAAUAUUAUGAGCUUAAUAACUUUGACAAAAAGCACAAGCACAUGAGAAUGUGUAUAUUUAUACCAUUUUUGUGUAGAUUGAAAAUCAUCGUCAUCAUAUUAUUAUUAAGAUUAAUCACUUCCACCGUACCCCAGCCACCAUCCUCCUCCGUACUAAGGGCAUAUUUUUUUGGGGGUUUGGAUUUUGAAUUUGGAUUUGAAUACUAAAACAUUUGAAUUGGAAUAGUUAUAUGAUUAGAUAUAAAUAACUGUUGAUAUGAUAUUUUAAAUGUAAAAUUGA